AAGAAGAAAUUCUGACGUCACCAUCCACAACAUGGCGGUUAUUUCGCCAACAACAGUGUCGUAAUUCAGAUUCCCGCUUCUUUCUCUGUGGCCCUAUAUCCCUUUUUUUUUUUUAAAUGUCGAACUCUUCGGAAAGCACAACGCGGCGAGAACGAAUGGACCGUCUGCAGGAGCUGGUGGAGUUUACCGAGCAGUGCAAGAAACAGAUACAAGACAUGUACGAGGCGCUGGGAUGGUCGCAGGACAACAAGCCAGAUAAGGAACCGAUGGAGCUGUGUCCCUAUGACUCAGGCCACCGUGUCCCAGUCCGGACCAUGGAGAGACACAAGGCCUCAUGCUGCCUUCGAAAGAUGGGCUACUCCCCUGAGGAGGAGGCAGAGAUGUACGACGCUUCUGUCUGUUACGAGAACACCAGCAUCAGAAGCUUUGCGAUGGACAAAACCAUUCAGAACCAGGUGAUCCUGCAGGCCAGAUCUGCUGCUCCGCUCAUGAAGAUGGAAGGCACCUUCUGGCAAGGUCAGUUCUCGUGCCAGCCAGUCGACGUACCACUGAACCACAAGCGAGCCGUGUGCGACCUUACCGUGGCUGACCGCCUGGCUCUGUACGAUCACGUGAUCAACACCCUCAACCAAGAAAAGGCGAGCGCCCUCUCCAGCAACGACGAGCUUUACGUGGAUUUGGUGUCCAAGUUAAAGAAGGGUGAAGAGCAGAAUGAGCCAAAGACCCACCUGGAGCGCAUGGCGGAGAUGAGGGACUACAAGAGGCGGCGUCAGUCCUACCGGGCCAAGAACGUUCACAUCACUAAGAAGUCCUACACCGAGGUCAUCAGAGAAGUCAUAAGGGUUCACUCGGAAGAGCUUGGCAGACAGUGGAAGGACGAGCAUGAAGAGGAGAGGAAGGAAGAGGAGGAGGAGGAGAGGGAGCUAACCUCCCAAAGGCGUAAACCUAAUGAGCGGCGGUCCGCAUCAACAGAGUCUCGCCACUCACGCGGCAAAUGCCAUCGCAGUCGCGAACGAGAGACCAAGAAGAAGAAAAGGAAAAGGGAUUCACGCUCACCAGAUGAGCGACACCGUGACCGCAAAAAGAAGAAGAAGAAAAGGAGAGAAGAGCGAGGGAAAAGCGACAGUUCCUGAUCAGAUAGGUCAACAUACCCGAGGAAUAAUCCCUCUUACGUUUUGGAACUAUUGACUUUUUAAUGAUGAUGAUGUCCUAAACUGAGAGGUAAAUCAAUGACAAAUAAAUCCAUGGAACCACA